AGCCUGGCUGAAGCAGAAAAGUCCCGUCAGUUCAACCCUCGCGAUUUUUAUUCCAAAUCGUCAUCAUCAUUGUUAUUUUUUUUCGCCACUCGCUGCUUUCCGAUUAAAGUUUAGCUUUGUCGCGAAUUUUUGGUGAUAAUUGCGUGCUGAAAAGUUAAAAAACAAUUCGAGACUACGUUGACAUAAUUUUAUUUUUGGUUUGUCCAUAAGUUCAAUCAAAGUGGGCUGGCUGGCGAAAGUCGGUUCCCCCUCCGACGGGAGAAGGGAAAAAGGCAGACGAAAUAGUUUUGCAACGCAACCAGGUGGAAUAAUUAGCAUACGGAAUCGGGCUCGGAUUGGUCGGUGGCCACUGGCUGUGUAGUUAGCAAAGUUGGGGCGGACUCAUGGCGAGAUAAGUCGGCGGCGCGCAGCAUCCGAGCUGAGCUAAAUGCGUCUUAAGUCACUGCUGGUUGAGCUUAUCAGCAUCAGCCUACUAGAUUAGAACGGAAACGUUCGGGUUGACCCAGGGGGGACAGUUUGUCUCGGAAAAGGGAGAUUGUUGGUAGAUUUGUGAGGAAUCAGAAAGACAUAAAAAAUGCAGUGGCCACGGUUCUGGACGAUGAUGCCACUUGUGCUGGUGAUAGCGACCCGCAGCGUUCUGGCCGCCGAUUACACCAUUGACCUGAAAACAUCCGGCUCGGUGGUGCUGGGAGGAACGGUGGAAUUCCUUGCCACAAUAAUGACCGACGGGAAGCCGGUGAACGACCAGUACGAGGUGACCUGGACGGACGACUUGGGCAACAAGCUGCAGGCCGAAAGUAAAAUCCCAACCUUCAACUGGACGGUAUCGUACAGCAACAACAUCAACGCCGGAACCUACUCCACGCAGGUCAUUGUGCGGCACUAUUACUACAUCACGUACCUGGAGAUCGCACGCAAAUCCAUUUCGUUCAAUCUGACCAGCCUGCUGAACGGCAAGAUGGAACUCACCCAGAACACCACCACGGUGGACAGCGAGUACGUGUCCAGUGCGGUCCCGCUGAACCAGACGAUCGUGCUGACCCAAAGUGACAAGCGCGUGCUCGAGAAGGCCACCUACUUCCGGACGUACUGGUUCGUCAACUGUCAGUACAUUGGCACGUCGGACGAGUUUACGCAGCUGGCGAAUUUUACCAAGGAGAACGAAGAGUACACUAUUGAGGCGUUGGUCGUGGUUUCGUACGAUAAGCUGCCGGAACCGACGACGACGACGACCACAACAACCACGACAACAACUACUACAACUACAACCACCACUACAACUACUCCGGCGACGACAACAACUUCCACAACGUCUACGACUCAAGCCCCAAACACGACAACCACAACAACGCCAGCCCCUACAACUACCAGUACGGCACCAACAACAACCAGCACGAGCACGAGUUCCAGCACAACGACGACCACCGUCAAACCCAACCGAAGAAGACGUCAAUCCUCUUCCCUGCGGGAUACCCUGGCCAGCGUCAGUCCCCUGCUGCUCAACAUGUCCGAUCCAACAGCAAUCGUCGGCGAGCACAUCCCGGAGCAUCUGUUAGAAUUGUCCGACGACUCGGGUGAACUCCCAGCCCACAUCAUCAAAAAGUCCGACUUCAACGUGGACGACUCGCGCCAGCCGUUCGUGUGCGGCAACAGCUCGAUGGUGCCGCCCGACCCGAAGAAGACGUACGGCCACUUUGUCCGGAAGGUGAUCGUGCAGCAUCCAAUCUCCAAGUUCAACGUGACCGGUUCGCAGUGGGUCCACCAGGGCAACAUGGCCAACCUGGUGUUCCAGUGUUCGGGGACGCCGCCGUUCCACAUCUGCUACCACAUCGUUGUCGGUGGACACAACAUUACGCAGAACGAAACCUGUCCCAGCGUGUGGGAGCAGUCUGAUCAUUGUAACUUUGUGUUUACGCGCUUCUUCUACACUCCGGAUCAGCGUUCCGUGCUGGUCUUCCUGAAGAAUCACGUGUCCGAGCACAUCGGCCAAGUUGGGCUGCAGUUCUACGAAAACAUUCCCAAGUCGCAGCUGUCCGUCAUCGUGGUCCCGAUCGGGUUCUGCCUGCUGGCGGUCAUUCUGGUGGUGUUUGGCGUGGCCUACUACAUCCAGAACCGGGAGCGCUUCAUCGUCGAGGUGGCCGACUUUAACUUUGGCGACACGAGCUCGCUGGACGACGAGGACAUGGAGUACAAAACGUUCCAGCAGCGGCUGUUCGACAGUCUGCGGGACAAUCUGCGGCUGCCGCGGUUCCGGCUGGGCUCGAGCGGCGCUAGCCACGACGGCGGCGACGGGGACAUGUCACCGUCGGCCGUCGGCGAAAGCUCGCUGCGUUACGGGUCGAUGACCUGAGGCUUUCGUUUCGUAUUUUGUCAUUUUAGGUUGCUGAAUCUGAAGGAUUAAAGGGUUUUUUGUCAAAUUGAGGCUUUCAGUAUUCUUGGACGUACCCGUCCGACGGCCGUUGCUGGCCGGAGUGUUUUUGUAACAGAUUCCUGCAGUUCCACGAAUAAUUCAGCGGAAGAAAUUCCCCAAAAAAAGAUUGAUUCGCACUCUCUCUCUCUCAAAAUUUAAAGACUGUUUUCGAAUUACAAAGAGUAAGAACCUUUCCUAAACCUAAAAUUUAGUCAACCACUUAAAAAAAGAGGGAGGAAGCAGCGUUGGAUGAGCACAUAUUAUUCGUCCUGUUUUAUUUACUAUCUUCCCCCCGCAAACUUAUAUAAAUAUAUAUUGCAGUUUAUUUCUUAUCUUGAAUAAAAUUAUGAUACAAAAUGUGAUAACGAUAGUGAAGUUUGAAGAGAAGAAAAAGAUCUUUAAAAUUGGCCCCCUUUCUGGCGGCCUUCACGUUGGAUACUAGCUUAGGUUUAACAGAUUAUGUUAUUUUAUAAAUUUAACGAGCGGCAAAGAUCAUUCUUUGCUACCGAUACUAACAAUUAGAAAAAAGAAUAAAACUAUCAGAAACCAGAAAAACAACACAACACAGGUGUGGGUUCGUAUAAUUGUACAUAGCAAUAUCAAAGCUCCCCGGAAUGUAAUCAUAACUUCAACACACGUGUAUGAAACCCCCUAAACUUUGAAUUAAAGCGAACACAGCAUAAGAGACGAUCAAAAUUAAGGAUUUAGAAAUGGUUGCGCGCGCGUUACACGCUUGGCUUAACUAAUAGAAGAAAGGCUCUAAGCAGAAGCAUAAAGAAAGAAGUAGAAGUGAAAAUAUCUCUAGCCAACAGAAGAAAA